AUGUCGCUCGCAACAAGAAGAUAUAUUUCAACCACAACAAAGACAUCAAAAUGCCUGAGCUGUCCGCUUCCCAUAACCAACAGACCAAUCUACAGCAUCAACAUUAACCAGACUCCCUCCCAACUUCAAAUACCCGCCUCAGCAACACCCCGCAUCCCAAAACCGACACUCACCCAACUCCAACGACACACCUUCACAACCUCUGCAAUCCUAAGCAAGAAAAAAGACAAAAACAAACGCAAUGAUGACGCCGACUCUUCGCUCACAGCAGCCACAACUGGAGGGGCAGGAGGAGCAGACCCAUUUGACUUCAUACAACUCCAGGCCGGCAUCUCAGACGCGCUGACACGAUUAAAAGAAGACCUCCAAAAACUACGGUCAGGCGGUGGCGGUCGACUCAACCCCGAAGUCAUUGAGCAGUUGCGCGUGAAUCUGGUCAAGGGGAGCAAUGAGACGGUGCGAUUGAGUGAGGUUGCGCAGGUGGUGCCCAAGGGUGGACGGGCUGUUGCUAUUAUCGUUGGUGAAGAGGAUCUCAUUAAACCAGUAAACUCGGCCAUAAUAUCCUCCAACCUCUCCCUCACCCCUCAACCCGACGCCCACAACCCCCUCCAACUCAACGUGCCCAUCCCACCACCAACCAAGGAAUCGCGCGACCAAGCCGUGAAAGCUGCCAAGGGCGCAAUGGACAAAGCCGCUAAUGCAGUCCGAAGUGCGCGCGCAGCCAUACACAAGAAGUUACAGGACAUGCAGAAACGCAAAGAGGCGAGACCGGAUGAUAUCCGCAAAGCACAUGAUCAGAUGGAGAAGCUGGUUGAGAAGGCGCAGAAGGAUGUCAAGGAUACGUUUGAAGCUGCUAGGAAGGGGAUGGAACAAGCUUAA